AUGGAAAAGUUAUUAGAAGAAUUUAAAAUAAAACAUGGCGCGGCGAUGCAACAUUUAGAUUAUUAUACAUUUUAUAUUAAAAUGCAACAGAAAAAUGUUAAAAUUUGUGAUGAUUUUGUCGAACAAGUUCAUCCAUUUAUGUCUUACAAUUUAUUCGAUAAUAAAGAUCCUCGAAAUCUAAUCAAAAAAUGUCCUAAUUGCCAUUUGAUUUGGUACAAGACGGAAGGUUGUGAUGGUGUCACAAUCUGCGGUAACAGUCAAUUUGAUAAUUACUACGAUGUAAAUACAAAACCAUUUUGGAAAUAUAUAUUGAAACGACAAAUAAAUGGAGAACUUGCAUGGGAAAAAAAUACGAUGGAAAAAAAGCCACUCAUCAAAUCAGCUGAAACGAAUACAACUUCGAAAAGAAUGGGCUGUUCACAACGCAUGGUAUGGAGUGAACUUCCAAAACUUGAAGAUCAUUUACUUCUUGAAUUGUUCAAAGUAAAAACCAUCGAUGAAGCAAAGCAAUUAAUUCGAGAAGAUGAAGAAUUCAACAAAAUUAGAAAAAACUAUGAGGCAAAUAUUGAUUCGACUUUUCAUUCUUAA